AUGUGACUACAUUGUGGCUAUGCUAAGACUAAAUACUUCAUAUUUGAACGUGAAAUGAUUUAAUCCCCCGUCGACCUUCCCUUGACAAGAGAUCAACCGGGCAAACUCGCAGAGUCCCUCUAGAGUGAGAGACUAUGGGCCGGCUGGAUGAUGCCGCCAAACACAAAGUGGUGGAGCUGCGGAGGGCUGGUCUGAGUUUCCGUAAGAUCAAAGCUGUGCUGGAGCUGGAGAACAUCAAGGUGUCCGCCCAGGCCAUCUACCUGUUCCUGAGGGAGUUUCAAGGGCGGCCGCCAGGGAGGGUGAGACCUAUGGAGGCUGGAAGCAGCACAUCACCUGCUCAGGUGCAGCCUGGAGCCAGGGCAGUGCAAGAGAGCUGGAGUAACAUUCAAAUCCAAAACCUUCUGCGAGAGGCAUCUCACCAUGCUAGCUUUGCAGCAGCUGCAAAUUUUGCCAAACAUACUUCCACAAAUCCAGAUACUGGAGUAAAGGCAUCUGGGUCCGGGGAGACUAGUGGAGGUGGCCGGCCAGAACGGCAACAAGAGGAAGAUAAGGAGGAAAAUGACAUCCAGAUUGUUAGUGUCACCUCCCUUGCCCAGAGCAGCCAACCAAGAGUUCCCCCCACGGUAACAAGAGCAGAGGCCAGUGCUUUGUCUUCCACACUAACCGUCUCUGGAGUCAUGAGGAGGAGAGCUACACCUUCUCCAGCCACCAAUUCAAUGCUGGCAGCUCGAAAGAGGCUUUUGGAUAAGGCGAUGUCACACAGGAUGAAGGUGGCGCCAUUGUUGAGGAGAGAUCACUCAAGUGUCCAAGGUGCUGAUUUGAGAGCUGCAGUGCCACAACCACCUGAAACAUAUGAUCUGACCACUGAAAAGACUGCUAUGGAAGGUCAACCUGGUGGAUGCAGCAGCCCCAGGCGUUUCCUUACACAGAGACCAGGUCUGUCUUUCCGUUCCCUUCAACCGAUUCCUCGGGUCGGCAUUCGUCUUCCUAACCGAUCACCGGCACCUUUAACAUCCUCGGCUCCUGGGGUUGCCGUCAUCCGUUUACAGACCCCUGGAGGCCAGGGCGUUACUCAUAGUGAGGGGAACCCGAGCCCCCAGCAGGCAGUCCAGGACCCCGGGGGUAGAGGUGGUCUACAGGAUCAGGUUCAGACCCUGGGAUCUGAGGUGCGCAGCUUGGGUCUUGCAGUGAAGAUGCUGGUGGAGCAGCAGUGCUGCAUGGAGAGGGAGCAGGCGCAGCAGACACACAUUCAGAAGCAGAUCCUCAGCACUCUACAGAGCCUAGCCACCAAACUGGGACGUUGCAGCGUUGUUCAACAGCAGCACAACAAAACUCCAUCGCCAUCUGGUUUGCCAACAGUUUCUGCAUCUACCUCUUUCAGCCAGGACACCUUCAACUUCAGUCAAGGCACAUACACCCAGUGCAGCCAAACACAGCCAAGCUUCAACUCUUUGGAGAGUUUAGAAAAUGUAGAGGCCUUUAAACUGCCGGGACUGAGCCCUUCAAAUAUGAAUGGGUUUCCACCAUGUAGCAAUGCUGAGAACCUUCCACUUACUCACACUCCCCCUCGCACACAACCGUAUGGAGCUGCAUACCCACAGCAAAACAGUCAAACACUCAUGCAACCCUACACACAAUCCUACAUCUCUACAUACAGCCAGUCACAUUGUCCGACUUUCAGAGGAUCAGAGAGUAAAACAUCUGAUUUCCCAAGCAGCUGUUCAAGGACUCUCCAGGACUGCAGUGUGUCUACCGAGCCAGUGAUGGACUCUAACCACUCUUCACAUGAACAACAGAUCAAUAAUGUUAAAGUGGAAGGGCCAUAGCAGCCUUCAGAUACAUCCGAGUGUUCUGGGACCAUAAGGGCUUUGAUGUGCUUUUUUUAAGAGUUCCUUUAGAAUAAUUAAGACAUGUUUUAUAUAAUAAACACAUGCUGUAGCAUUUUUUAAAAUAAUUAAUUUUAUUUCUAAAGUACAUUUAAAGGGAAUACAAACAGCAAUAGAAUGCAAUGCUUUAGUAAUAAUGUAUUCAUGAUUUGUCUUCACUGUAGGCAAUGUAACAAAAUUAGAGCAUAUGAUUAUGUGCAGGUGCUUUGUCAUUUUUGCCACACUUCUUUUUAUGUUUAUGUUGUAUAUUAUUUUUGUAUCACUAGAACAGGUAUUACAAACUGUUAGGUUUUCAUACCCCUGUCUAAUUCUUAACAAAUAUAUAUAUAUAUAUAUAUAUAUAUAUAUAUGUAACAAUCCAAAGCACAUUCCCCUUUCAAUGUGUAAGGCAGUGUGUGAGAAGCACGUUGUACGUUGGUAAAGCUGAAGUUUAAUAAUCUCAUGACCUGCACUGGAAGAGUUGACAUGUAAGAGCUGUAGUUUAAUCUAUAACUUGUUUUCCAUAAUUUAGUUACCCACGACCCACUCUACCUCCUGAGCCACAGCCAGUUUGACAUACAACUCCAACCAUUUCAUCACAUUAUUUUGCAUAUUUUUUAAUGUCUUUCUGUUAAAUGACAUACAGACUGGUGUUCGAAUUACCCCUGUAUGUCAUAUCUGUCACGAGUCCUUCCUGGUUACUUUUUUACUCAUUCAGUCAUUCUGUCUGAUUUUCCUAGUCAAUAACAGACCCAACCACUCCCUCCUGCCCUCUUAAGCCUUUCCCAUCAGUUCUACCACAUUUUCUUCUCCACCCAUUUAGUAAUCUGCUCCCCAUUUCCCUGAUUAUUUCAGCAGCAUAUGCCAACUCGCACCAAUCUUCUACUAGAUUGUCUUUUGCAUUGAGCAAGCGUGGCGGUCCUGUCAUUUAUCUGCCCGAUUUUCUUUUCUUUUUUUUAAACACAGUUUGCCUUUUGUGUUAACCUGACAUGUUUUGGAUUAAAGAUUUUGGAUUUUGUCGUAUCUGCCUGUUCUAUGCCAGCCAGCUUUACAAUAUUUAACUAAAAUGAAAACAUUGGCUACACCGUAAAGAUGCCCCCAUACCACGAGCACCUGUUUGUUUUUUAAAUUGUUAUGUAACCAUGUGAACAAAUGUUCUCUGCUCUCUUUACAUUGUAAUAAAAAAAGAAGAGCCCCUUUUAUAUGAAUAUACUUCUACUACUCACAAUCAGA